ACGCUCAGUUCAGGUUUGGAGUGCGUGGGGUGAACAUCGUCGCUAUUUCACGUCUUUCUAAACCGUACAAGCCUCACUGCUCUUUAAAACUUACCACCGCCGGGUCUCACACUCUGCAAACAUUCAACAACCAACACACAUUUGAAAAGUAUGUGCAUCGUUGUAAUUGCCGAAAAUAUUUGCAUUUCUGAAAGGGAUUCAGUGUUUGAGUGAGUGUGUGUGUGUUCACCCUUGAUCACCAGUAGAGCAGUGACAGAGAUUAUGCGUUUCUCGUGUCUUACGCAUUAUUAUACCGUAUUUUACGCAUCGUGUUAAUAAUAACUCUUGAAUAAGGGGUAUCAUAUCAUGUCGUAUUUAACAGCGUCGUCUGCUAUUAUUUCAACUAACUGGCAGUGAACCCAUCUUUGCAAUAAUGUGCCAUCAUAUCGUAAUAAUAAUUAGCGGACGAGUGUGAACUACGACUGGCUUUGUAUAACAAGUUGGACUUACUUAUUCAUACUUGACUAAAUUUCAUCCGGACGAGUUUACAUGAUUGACGUGACAAGAAGAUCAUUCCAGUCCAAGUAUUCAAACAGGAAUUAGCAGUUACAGCGCACAUGCAAAUCUGUGCCGUUUAGAAGCUUUGCUGAACUUGUCCACUCGUAAACCGGGUGGUUGUUUGUGUUACGUUUUGAAGUGACAGGUCGUCGGAAGUCCUGAGUGGAGCUGGAGCAGGGGAUUACUUUAUGCAAAGAGUUUGCAUUUUGGAUGAUGAAAUUUUCAAAGUGACAGUUUUCAUGUUGUACGGAUUAUUAUUCGCACUCUUCCAAACCCCCAUAAAUCUGCUUGGCACUAUAUAUAAUUUGAUGCCUGAAGGGAUAAGCGUGUGUGUGUAUGUACAACGUGGAAUAUGCCGCAGAAAGGUGACUGUAAUCCUCUAAAGCAGUAAACUACAUAAAUGAAGUAAUCCUUAUAAACCCAGGGCUAGUGAGUUGGUGGCACAGAAAGUGAAAUUUGAUCUGUGAGAUUGGAUUGGAAUCUUGAAAACAGAGUUGCUUCCAAGUGUGAAGCAGAAUAAGACUUCGAGUUGUUUGUCUGAACUAGAACUUGCCUUUGGCUUCCUUUUUUCGAGUCAUGAGUGUGUCUCUUAUUACCAGAGAUCAUACAUAGUUGUUAAAACAAUAAGUCUCAAUGUAUGUGUGUGUCCUACUGCAUUUUUCUGACUGUUACUUCACAAUUGGAUCAAUGGAAGAUUCCCGUAAUGUGGAAGUGAGCCCAGCAGAAGUGUGACUGAGGAGUGCGAAGAGGGGAAAGUGUGCUUCCUGGCUCAGCAAGAAACAACAAAAGAUUUGGAGGAUCAGGAUGUGAUGGAAUCCUUCUCGAAAACAGAGUCUGGUGAACCUCAAGCACGGAAACGUCGCCUUCGAAGUGCGACUAAUUGCCAAGUGAGAGGAAGAAUUUGGGGAAGAAUGACUCCUAUGCUUUGGAUAGCUGCUCAUUUAUUCUGCCUUGUUUCCUCCAUUCGUGGUCUCGACACAUCAAACUGUCUCGGACCUUUGGGUAUGGAGAGCGGCAAUAUUCCUGAUGAAGACCUGUCCGCCUCCAGUUCAUUCGAAAUCGGAAAUGUGGGACCCUCAAUUGGACGGGCUAGACAAGAGAUUGCUGGAGGUGCGUGGUGUCCAAAAAAUCAAGUGACAUCAGAUACAGAUGCUGUAGAAUGGCUGCAGAUUGACCUCCAUACCGUGCACGUAAUAACUGCCACCGAGACGCAGGGGAGAUUUGGAAAUGGUCAAGGUGUAGAAUUUGCGGAAGCUUACUUGCUUUCGUACUGGAGACCUGAAUUAAAUAAAUGGGUCCGAUACCGGGAUAUCACGGGAAAUGAGAUAAUCAAAGGCAAUAUCAACACAUAUCUUCCAUCAAAAACUGACCUGAAUCCGCCAAUUAUCGCUUCAAAACUUCGUAUUCUACCGUAUUCCUACCACAGACGGACAGUAUGCAUGCGGGUUGAAAUCUAUGGUUGUCCAUUCAAAGGAGGUCUGCUCAGUUAUUCGACAAUCCAAGGGCAUAGAAGAGGAGAAAAUUGGAGUUUUUACGACAACACGUAUGAUGGACUUUGGGAUGGAAAUUACUUGCGUAACGGACUUGGUUUGUUGACCGAUGGCCGCGGUGGACCAACUAACUUUAAGGAUGACUUUUAUGCCAAUAAUGAACGAGGGCGGGGCUGGAUUGGCUGGAAGAAUGACACAUCAAAAAAUGGGACAAGCCCUGUCCAAAUUGUUUUCAAAUUCGAUGCACCACAACAAUUCAGUUACAUGCAUAUCCACAGUUCAAAUCAGUUUACAAAGGAUAUCCAGGUAUUUUCCGAAGUGAGGAUAUACUUCGGAAACGGGAAAACUUACUCUGGGGACCCAAUCGUGUAUCAACCGUUGGAAGAUUGUAUUUUCGAAGAGCCCAAAAACAUUACAAUAAACUUGCAUCGCCAUAUUGCCCAAUAUGUCAAGGUUCAAUUGUACUGGGCUGCGAAAUGGAUCCUGGUUAGCGAAAUCACCUUUGACUCGAGCCCAGCAGUGGAUAAAAUAUCGGAUGCAAUUUCGCCAGAACACAAGGAUCCCACCAAGGAAGGAGGUUCAAUUUCCACUCAUGCGAAAGCCAAUGGUUACAAUGGUGGCGAAGGAGCUUCUUCUUCAUCAUCAUCCGGAGAAGAUGUUCUAUUUGCCCAAAGCGACGCAUCCGAAGCUCUUCCGGGAAAUAGACUUGUGGAGCACACGCCAAAUGUAAUUGGACACACGACAAUGCUGAACAACAGCAAGUGGAACAAUGGAACCAUCAUAAUCACUGCAGUGAUAAGCUCAUUUAUUGCAAUUGUUAUGGUACUGCUGCUUCUUUUCAUUGCAAUGGUAACACGGCACAAAUUUGUCGCUGGUGGUCGACGCAAGUCACCCACGGAAUCUCAAGAGGGCACGCUCCCCUUCGACAACCAAACUGACUACGGAUAUGCUUCUCCGGACGUUGAGAUUCGCAAGUGCAAAAUUACAACGGGCGAGUACACGGAACCCUUUACCACCUGCCCACCACUUCCACCUUUGAUCACAUUUCCAAGCUCUAAUCACCACUCCUUUCAAACGGAUCAUUGCGGUGGUCAUCCCAGCAGGAUGGCCGAAUAUUACAGCUGCACCCUCAUUUCGCAGCAAGUGACACAAAAUAAUUCAGAUUCUGAGUAUGCUGUUCCAAAUGAGCUGGGAAAGUUGAUAAGUCCCCUUCGAUCCAUUCCAAAUUCACCGGCAGCCAUUAACAGGCUCAAAUUGCUUCAGGUCAAAUUUAGAGAGAUUGGAAUUCCUGAAAUUGCUAAGCAUCGUCUCCGUAUGCUGAGAAAGCUUGGAGACGGUGCUUAUGGAACGGUUUUUGUCGGAGAGUUAGAGGCUAAUGGGAUGGGUGAUAAAUCUUUGGUUGCAGUUAAGCAUUUGCUACGAAAUGCAAGCGAAAAGGACAAAUCGGACUUUUUGGAAGAAGUAAGAUUGCUCUCUACUCUUGAUGAUCCCAACAUUGCGCAAGUGUUGGGAAUUUGCAUGGACGAAGAGCCAUUCUCUGUGGUGCUCGAAUUUCUGGAAUUGGGGGAUUUAUGUCAGUUUUUGCGACAAAAUGAUACUUUAUUGCCAAAUUCAUCACAGAAAAUCGGAUUUGGGAGUUUGCUGUAUAUUUCUGGUCAAGUUGCGCAUGGAAUGAAGUUUUUGGAAAGCAGAAACAUUGUCCACAGGGAUCUUGCAACUCGGAAUUGCGUGGUUGGACGAGGGUUGAUUGUUAAAAUUUCACAUUUUGCAACCGAUACGGAUCUGUAUUCCUCUGAUUAUUAUCGUCUGGAUGGAAAAAUGCCCCUCCCUCUAAGAUGGAUGAGUUGGGAGUCUAUUUUUCUUGGAAAGUAUUCAACAAAAAGUGAUUGUUGGUCAUUCGGGACGACUCUUUGGGAGAUUUUAUCCUACUGCCGUCAUGCUCCAUAUCCAACAAUGAACAAUCAAGAAGUUCUUCACAAUCUUCGUCGACUCUCUGUUUUUGAUGAUAUGGACCCAUAUGAACCACUUUCUAAACCCCAUAAUUGUCCGAGAGAUAUUUAUCAACUCAUGUGUGAUUGUUGGCGAAGAAAUGACGAGGAAAGACCCAACUUUUGGGAAAUUCAUUCCUUCAUAUCCAGAAAAAAUCUCAACUUUGUUCCUCAACCUUCAACGCAUAGUGACAGUAGAAACUGCUUAGAAGAUCAGUAUGUGGUUUAGAUGAUAACUUAAUGUAUUUCAAUUUAACCAAGCAUAAGUAGUUUAACACCGCAUAUCAUAUAAAAUAUUGAAAAUCUGUUUGUUGUUGAACACUUUUCAUUGUGGAGCUUUUACCAAAACUCAUUAAAUAUGGUAUUGUAAUUUAUGUAUAAUACCAUGAAAUAUUUGUCACGUGAAAUUCAGACUGAUUGAAACAUUGUCGCAUUUAAAUAUAUACAAAAUUACUUGUCACAAUCUUCAACGACAAUCUUUCUCCAUUUUUACUCCUACUUACAUAUGUCAUAUGUAUGAUGGUACUUAUUGUGCUACCUCAUUCAAAUAUCCAAGUUGCAAAUCGAACAAAUUAAUCAUCCAAAUAUAACACCUUCACAUAAUGGAAUUAUUUAUCCAAUUACGUAUUUAUAAUAUUUAAAUGACCACCAAUGCAAUGUAAUCAGACGUUAUUAGCUCAUGUCACUACUUUUACAGUCACGUUUUUAACUGUAUUUCUAAUGUACAGAGAAUGUUUGUAUUUAAUAAUAUUUAUUUGCAAUUGCUUUCAUAAAUUGUUACUUUUUACAAUUUCGAGAAAAUUUGACACAAUAACGAACAAAUCUUUUUGAUACUUAUGUUUUACAAAAGUUGCUAGCACAUGUUUUAUAUUUAUUGUGUGUUUAUUACGCAUGAUGUUGGUUUGAAAAUGUACGUCUUUUUAUAAUAGGAACGUAAUAUGUAAUGGUUUAUUGCGCAGAACAAUUCGCAAUAAAUGUCGUACAUAUCUUUAUCAAGUACAA